UGCAGCAGGAGCUGCUCUUCCUUGUUUUCGGCUGUCUUGCAGCUUAAGCAAGUCAGAGAAAAUGUGUGAGUCUCUGCUUGAGCACAAGUUGCCCUUGUUCUCCUUUUCGAAUCAAGUGUCACAUUGACUCCAAUCCUGUGUUGGAAGCAUGUGGGGAACUGCAGCACCUCAGCUCAGCACAAUGUCUCCAUCAGGCUGGAAGGAAGCCCAAAACCAAAACUGCACUGGCCAAAAUGCAUCCUCUACAGAAACCCCAAGUACCUCCUAAACCUGUCCAUCUCAAACCUGGGCAGGAAAGAAUUCCUCCUGCACCAUCUCGGCCUUUGCCAGCUGAUCCCAAGUCAUCAAGGAGCUUAGCACCUGGAGAGGAAGAAAUACCAAUAUCAGCAGGAGUCAACACGCUCAUUGAGAAAUUUGAAAGUAUUAGGCAACCUGUACAUGUUCUUCAAAGAAACCAGCUAAAUUUGGCUCUUAAGAUGGAACCUGGCCUGGACUCAUCCAAGCAGACGAGCUUGUGUGACUGUGACACAGCAGCUUCUGGUGGCUCUUCCACAAGUGACAAAACUGAGUUGGAUGAAGCUGAGCCCGAUGUACCGUGCAGCACGGAUCUGACUAACACAGACAUCAUGAAAAUCAAAGAGCUGAGCAUAGGUGAUAACAAAAACCGUGAAGACUGUACUGCUGUGACUGUGAGCAAAGAGCCCCAAGAAGAGCUUGGCAAUAAAGACUCAAGUGCAGAACUGAAUGGGAGUGGUAAAAUUCCCAACAGAGACAGCGGCAUUGACAGUCCUUCUUGUAGUGUGGCUGGGGAAACGUUCCCCAGUGAAGAAGGGGCAGAGCAGAGGAAGCCCAGCAUGGCUGGGAACCCAGGAGAGGUGGAACCUGACAGAAAGGGCACCAAACCUUCCUCUGUAGAGCAGAAGAGAGACUCCAUGCAGGAUGAGGACAGUGACAUUGAUGAAGGAAGCAGUGAGGAGCAAGAGAUAGCAGAAGUGCCAAAGUUAGAGUAUUUGGAUGUAAACAAGUGUACAGAGCCCCAAAAGCUGUUCAACAUCGCCAAUGAGCUGCUCCACACGGAGGAAGCGUAUGUUAAAAGACUCCAUCUCUUGGACCAGGUUUUUUGCACUAAAUUGUCUGAAGCAGGGAUUUCAUCUGAUGUGAUAACAGGCAUCUUCUCAAAUAUUUCUUCCAUCUACUGUUUCCAUGGACAAUUUCUUCUUCCUGAGCUCAAAACAAGAAUUACACAAGAAUGGAGUGUCAACCCACGGCUGGGAGAUAUCCUGCAGAAACUUGCUCCUUUUCUGAAAAUGUAUGGAGAAUAUGUAAAGAACUUUGACAGGGCCAUGGACAUAGUGAACACAUGUAUGCAGCGCUCCUCUCCCUUCAAAGACGUUGUUCAGAAUAUACAGAAACAGGAAGUGUGUGGAAACCUGACUUUGCAGCAUCACAUGCUUGAACCAGUGCAAAGGAUUCCUCGUUAUGAGCUUCUCCUGAAGGACUACUUAAAGAAACUUCCAGAAGAAUCUCCAGACAGGAAAGAUGCUGAAAAGUCACUGGAGCUGAUAUCAACAGCAGCAAACCAUUCCAACGCAGCCAUCCGGAAGAUGGAAAAGAUGCACAAGCUUUUGGAAGUCUAUGAGCGCCUGGGUGGUGAAGAGGAUAUUGUUAACCCAGCCAAUGAGCUCAUUAAAGAAGGACACAUUCAGAAACUUUCAGCAAAGAAUGGCACAGCACAGGAUAGGUAUUUAUUCCUGUUUAACAGCAUGGUGCUGUACUGUGUGCCAAAACUGAGGCUGAUCGGCCAGAAGUUCAGUGUCCGAGAGAAGAUGGACAUUGCAGGACUGCAGGUCCAAGAAAUUGCCAAGCAAAAUGUGGCCCAUACAUUUUCCAUAACAGGAAAAAAGAGAUCAUUGGAACUACAAGCCAGGACAGAAGAGGAGAAGAAGGAAUGGAUUCAUGUCAUUCAAGCCACAAUAGAAAAGCACAAACAGAACAGUGAGACCUUCAGAGCUUUCAAUAGCUCUUUUUCACAAGAGGAGGAGCAUCUUCCUGAUUCCUCAAUAGCCAGCACCAGCUCAGUGGAAUCAAUGCCAGGAGCAGAUGGUGGUGGUGCAUUAGGAGGGAGUGAUUCCUCUAGGAAAUCUUCCAAAUCCAAGCGAGACAAAGAGAAACAGUCUUGUAAGAGCUGCAGUGAGAGCUUUAACUCCAUCACGAAGAGGCGGCACCACUGUAAGCAGUGUGGGGCAGUGAUCUGUGCAAAAUGCUCCGAGUUUAAGGCACUUGCAGAUAACAGCCGCCAUAAUCGAGUGUGUAAAGAGUGUUUCCUGCAGCUCCCAGCAAGCCCCUGCAGCCCUGGGGUGGAGGCAGUUGGGGAACAGAAGAAAAGACUAGCUGCAGAGAAGCAAAGCAUCCUUGCGGCUGAAAACAGCCUGUUCAGCAGCUACCUCCAGUUCCUUGAGAAAGGGAAGACUUGGUACAAAGUGUGGGUGACCAUCCCCAGGAAUGAGCCUCUUGUUCUGUAUCUGCAAGGCAGCAGCCAGGUACAGACAAAGUACCAAAAGCAGCACAUUAAGGGAGGAUGCAAGACCAAAGGCAGACUGCUUAAUUUGCCUGUGUCUGCACAUUUUGGGAUGCACGGAGCCCACGGCCCAUCCCUCUGCCUGGCUACGAAGUCAGUUUACCGGGGUCCGGUGAGAAGUUUGAAGUGAAGCACGUUUUUAAGCUUUGCCAGUCCCAUCAAAUUCUCUAUUUCAGUGCAGAAGAUGAAGAACUGCAGAUGAAAUGGAUGGAAAUUCUCACCAAAGCUGCCAAAGGGGAGACUGAGGAUACAGCUGAAGGGCUCAGCAACCCUUAGAGCAAAUUUCAUUUAGUUUCUUUCAUACAUGCUAUAAACCAUCACUUGAAUUUGGCAUUCAUGGCACUUUGGAAUCUGUAUGGCUUUAUAUUUUCAUGUGUCUGCAUAGGAAAUUCAGUGGUUUCUCACCUUUUAUUGUACAUUUUUCACGUACAGUAGUUACCUGCCAUAUGUUAUGUUAAAGGAAAAAGUAGUUAUAGUUGGUGGUGGUGUCAAUGCUGGUUUUAAAACAAAAGACAAGGAGCAAAGCAUUCAUUUUAACAGAGGUAAUGGAAACCCAUCAGUCUUUUGUUUUCCUAAAUGUAUAUUUUCCAGUCCUUUUGAUUGCUGUUGAGUGCAGGAUGUGUAUAGUCUGUGAUUAGUUCUAUAAAUGCUGCCUCUUAAGUUAAAUGUUGUAAAGGCUUGUGCUGGCCACUGACAUUCCAUUUUCUGCCUGGCCCUCCUGGUAAGGUCUUUGUGAUGUGUGAGCAAUGUACUGAGUAUUUUCUGGUUGCUAAAACCAUGUCUCUGCUAUUUUGAGAUGACCUGUUCAAAUGACAAAUACUGUAGAACGGACUUCUAAAACUGACUGCAAAUGGUGCAGAACAGAACAUUAAGAAGCCUCAUUGAUUUUAAGCAUUUAUUAUAUUGAUUGCUUUCUUCUGGAACCAAUACCUUCCUUCCUUCUAUUGGAACCCAUUUUGAUGUAAGUGAACAAACAUUUUAUACUGCAAACUGGGUUAUGAUCAAUAAACAAGAACAUUUUUAGUACACACCA